GGAUAUAAAAGCAGCGGGCGGCCAGGCUCGUGCCGCUUUGCAGACGCCGCUGUCCCCUUGUCGCCGCUUGCUGCAGCCAUGGUCAACCCCACCGUGUUCUUCGACAUCACGGCCGACGGCGAGCCCCUGGGCCGCGUCUCCUUCGAGUUAUUUGCAGACAAAGUUCCAAAGACAGCAGAAAACUUCCGCGCCCUGAGCACUGGAGAGAAAGGAUUUGGAUAUAAGGGUUCCUCCUUUCACAGGAUUAUUCCAGGAUUCAUGUGCCAGGGUGGUGACUUCACACGCCAUAAUGGCACUGGCGGCAGAUCCAUCUACGGAGAGAAAUUUGAGGAUGAGAACUUCGUCCUGAAGCACACAGGUCCUGGCAUCUUGUCCAUGGCAAAUGCUGGACCAAACACAAAUGGUUCCCAGUUUUUCAUCUGCACCGCCAAGACUGAGUGGCUGGAUGGCAAACACGUGGUCUUCGGGAAGGUGAAAGAAGGCAUGAACAUCGUGGAAGCCAUGGAGCGUUUUGGGUCCAGGAAUGGCAAGACCAGCAAGAAGAUCACCAUUUCCGACUGUGGACAACUCUAAUUCUUUCGACUUGCGGGCUUCUUACCCACCAGACCAUUCCUUCUGUAGCUCAGGAGAGCACCCCCACCCCAUCUGCUCGCAGUACCCUGUAAUCUCCGCUCUCACUGAAGUUCUCUGGGUUCCAUAUUCUCCUCAUUCCCCUCCCAAGUCUAGCUGGAUUGCAGAGUUAAGUUUAUGAUUAUGAAUAAAAACUAAGUAAGAACCA